UCAGCCGAAGAUGACAAGUUACCGACCGUCAUAUCAGCUGCUGAACUAACAAUUGCACCCAUCACCUCUGAGGAAGAACAAACACCAAUAGAACCUUCUCUGGCCGCAGCCCCUAACGGCUUGGCACAUCCACUUGCAGGUGCUGACGACCCUCCGGCCCCCACUCCUGCCCCAGGGUCAGAAGCCACUUCCUCAGUGUACACGCCCACAGGUGAUGGACUGUCGGCUACCGUACCCACAACAGGUCCUCCUAACCUUCAGUCCACACUCAGGCCAGCAGGUCGAGCGUUGUCAGCAGCCGUGCCCACCACAGAGCCGGCGACGCUUCCCACAGCUCCCACCCCGGCAGGUGACAGAUCUGCAACCGUAGCCCCAAGGGAGCCUGCAGCCCUGCAGUCCACACCCAUGCCCCCCGCAGCAGCCUACGAGAACCCACUUCCCACAUCACCAGUGAUACCAGCGGCUCAACACCCACCUUCUGCUCCUCCAGGAGGCUGGGCGCCCGUGCGGCUGGUGGGCGGCCACAGGAGCUGUGCAGGCCGCGUGGAACUGUUCUACCAAGGAGGCUGGGGGACGGUGUGUGACGACCUCUGGGACCUGCCGGAAGCCAACGUCGUUUGCAGAAAGCUGGGGUGCGGCUGGGCUGUUUCAGCCCCGGGAGAGGCCCACUUUGGGGAUGGUUCUGGAAAAAUCCUCCUUGACAACGUGCACUGCAGAGGGGAUGAACAGCACCUGGAGGAGUGCUCCCACGCCAGCUGGUUUGCCCACAACUGUGGGCACCAGGAGGAUGCUGGCGUGAUCUGUUCAGAUGCUGAAGACCCAGCGGCUUCACCAACAGAUCACCCUUUGGCUACAGCGGCAGGGACGAAGGCUGCAGAAAAAGCUCAGUGUGGCAGCAUUAUUACUAACCCGUCUGGAGCGAUCAGGAACCCCCCUCGAAAUGAAAUGCAUGACAACAUAACGUGUGUGUGGCAAAUCAGGGCAAACGCAUCGGACCACAUACGGCUGGCGUUUCCGAAACUCAACCUUGACUGUACCAAUGAAUAUUUUGAAAUCCUGGACGGCCCUCCAUCCUCAGCAAAGUCCCUGGGGAAGACCUGCUUUGGUACCCACCUCACCUACGUGUCCUCCUCCAGCACAAUGACCCUUGUGUACUUUCGAAGCUUCAACAACAUAGGGAAAACCUUUAUUGCCUAUUAUUAUUCUGAAACCAAAGAGGCCGUUUCUCGGACCCCGCGCCUUGUCACCGUCCCUACAGCAACACCCAGGAUGGUAACAGCAAGACCAGGGGACUGGCCAGAGCUGCGGCUGGUGGGCGGCUCAGGACGGUGCUCAGGACGCUUGGAGGUCCUGCACGAGGGGGCCUGGGGUACCGUCUGUGACGACCUGUGGGACCUGAAUGAAGCCGAGGUCGUGUGCCGACAGCUGGGCUGCGGUCGGGCCGUGUCCGCCCUCGGGAGGGCCCACUUUGGCCCGGGCUCUGGGGACAUCUUCCUGGACAACCUCCAGUGCGCGGGGAUGGAGCGCUACCUGGGCCAGUGCGCCCACUCAGGCUGGUCGGAGCACAACUGCGGCCACCACGAGGACGCCGGUGUCAUCUGCUCAGAUGCAGAAGACCUGCCUCCUCCUACACCUCCAGGUCUUUCCACAGCUUCUCAGGAUCAUGUGACAGGAGGAAGUAACUCCUGUGGAGGGGUCAUUUCCAGUCUCUCCGGCUCAUUUUCUAGCCCGCUGUAUCCAGAAAACUACCCAACAGACAUCCAGUGUGUUUGGGAGAUCCAUGUGGCUAAAAAAUUCCGCAUAGAGCUCAUGAUCCCAACUUUAAAGCUGGAAGAUAUCCUUGGAUGCCCCUACGACUCAGUUGAAAUCUUCGAUGGCCCCAGGAUUGCCUCUCUGUCCAUGGGGAAAUUCUGCGCCUCAGCAGCUGUGAUGUUUUACUCCUCCUCAAACAUCGUAACUGUGGUGUUCCGGAGUGAUUCUAUGAUCACCAACACUGGCUUUUAUGCUCAGUUCAAUGCGAUUGAGCAGGGCCAAAGAGAGUCAGAUGCUGGGGACCAGGCUCCAGACGUGACUUCUGCACCCCCAGCUGCCAUUUCUCAAGCACCUAUCCCACAAGGAGGAAGUAACUCUUGUGGGGGAGUCAUUUCGAGCCUUUCGGGCUCCUUCUCCAGUCCUUGGUAUCCAACAAACUACCCCACCAAUGUGGAGUGUGUCUGGGUGAUACACCUGGCUGAGAAGUUCCUCAUAGAGCUGACCAUCCCCAGCCUGAAGUUAGAGGACAGCCAUGGGUGCCCUUAUGACUUCGUUGAAGUGUUUGAUGGACGGCAAGUUGCCUCACUCUCCAUGGGCAGAUUUUGUGCUGGGACCAAGCUCACGUUCCUCUCCUCCUCAAACAUCAUGACUGCAGUGUUCAGAAGUGACGCCAUAAUCACCAACACGGGGUUUUAUGCUGUGUACAGCGCCAUCCAGCAGGAUGAAAGGGAGAGUGGCACUGAUGACACUCGGGAAGUAGGACCAACAGCGUCAGUCUCAAACACUGUGACCACCGCACCAGCUGUCUCUUCAGCCUCAAUGGAAAGGACCUCUCUACCUGAUGUAGCUUCAACCUCAGCAGAAGUGGACACCCCUUCUGAUACAACUCCCACUUCAAGCGAAGCACCUUCCUCACCAGCCACAGAUCUGAUUCUAACAGAAGUGACACCAUCAUCUGUUUCAAUUUCAGUUGCUGAAAAAAUGGCCCCUUUACCUGACCCGCCCCUGCGCCUGGCGGGCGGGCGCAGCCGCUGCGAGGGCAGGGUUGAGGUCCGGCACCAGGGCGUGUGGGGCACGGUGUGCGACGACCUCUGGAACAUCAAGAACGCCCGCGUCGUGUGCCGCGUCCUGGGCUGCGGGCGCGCGCUGGGCGCCCCGGGGCGCGGCAGCUUCGGCGCGGGCUCCGGGCCCAUCUUGCUGGACAACGUGCGCUGUGCGGGCACCGAGGAUGCGCUGGAGCGCUGCGCCCACGCGGGCUGGGCUCGCCACAACUGCCAUCACGGGGAGGACGCGGGUGUGGUCUGCGCAGGUCCAGCUGACUCUGUUGUACCCAAGGACAAUGCCCAGCUCUCCUGCCUGCCUCACCUCUUCCAAGUCGUCAUUGACCGAGGCUACCUCCGGAGGCUGGGCUACUCCUCCUGGGACAUCCAUUUAAAUGAUGAGCUGUGUCGCCCCCAACUCACAGGGCGCUACCUGAUCUUCAACAUUCCCUAUGGCCACUGUGGCACCAUCCGACAGGAAAGCCUCGGCUCCCUCAGCUACUCCAACUCCGUCAGAGGCCGGACACGGGGCCAUCCUGGCCGAGUCAUUGUGCGGCACAAGGUGCCUCAGCUCAAGUUCACCUGCAGGGUGGACGGCCAGUCAGCAGUUGAAAUCAUCCCUGGGGCUGACAUCCCAAGGGAGAGUGCCAGCUAUGAUGUGUCCAUAUCAUUCCACGAGUUGCCCAUGUCCCAGCAUACUGGGAGCAGGGGGCCCUACUACACCAGCCAGAAGAAAGAGGUCUUCCUCCAGGCCACACUCCACAGUGCCAAUCCCAGCCUGCGGCUCUUUGUGGAUACCUGUGUGGCUUCUCCAGACCCUGGUGAUUUUACAACUGUCAAAUAUGAUUUGAUCCGGCAAGGGUGCAUCAAAGACAAUACUUAUGUCAACCUCCAUUCCCACCAGAAGAACGUAGCCCAGUUCAAGUUCAACGUGUUCAGCUUUCUCACCAGCUACGAUGUGAUCUAUCUGCAGUGUAAGGUCGCUGUGUGCAAAGUGGGGGACCGCUCCUCCCACUGCUCCCAGGGCUGUGCAGAGCGGAGUAAGAGGGGCACAGGCCCCCUGGAGGCCACAGAAGAGCAGACUGAGCAUUUCCAAACAGUGGGGCCACUGGAAAUCCACAAAGGAACUGAUCAGAGAAGGACCCUUGUGUGAUUUCGCCAAGUUUCACAUGAAUCUGUUAGGAAUUAGAAGCAAAGUCUUUUUCUCUUCAGCAGAGUAGUAAGUUUGACAAAUUUGAGUCUGUCCAGGUAGAGACAGGUAAAAAAAUUAACUAAAAAGUUUCUCUCUGAGGUUUGUUGCUAAAUAAAUCGUCUCUGAUUUCUAAACUUCUAAGGAUGUCACUCUCUUUGCAGCUAAAAGUGUUGUGUUUUCUAAUUCUUCACUGUAAAGGACUUGAUCAUUGUCUUAAACUGUACAAAAAUGUUAAGACAGUUCUCUCUUGGUACCACAUUGCCAACCUGAAGAUUUUUCUAAUCUCCUUAAUGUUCAGAUGCUAGUCAGUGAAUCUUUUUGAUUCUGUCCUUUUGGUGAUGUGAGAAUUUAUUUUCAGAUCUUGCCAAGGGUCUUACGAAGAAUAAACUAGUGUCUUUCAGA